GAAGAAGACGAAAACUACGCCAAUUAAGCCAGACUUCAAUACUCCUACCGAAAUGGUUACGAUUAUCGUUGGCAAGGAAGGUGAAGAUGAACGAUUCAUUGUCCACAAGGAAUUUGCUUGCUAUUAUUCACCCGUCUUAAAGGCUGCUUUCGAAAGCUCAUUCACAGAGGGCCAGACGCAAUGCUAUCGACUCGAAGACGUCACCGUUAGGGUGAUCCGCCUCCUCCUAUGCUUUUUCUACACUGGAAAAGUCGAUACCUCGCUUCAGCGAUACAUCUCUGCUGGAUUCGAAGCUGUGGCUGACCAAGAAUUACAACAAGAGAUAGACUUCAUUCAUUUCUGGGUUCUUGCCGAUAGGUUACUCAUUCCUUCGCUUCAGAACGCUAUAGUGAGAGAGCUCGAGAUCAUGUGGAAUCUUCGGACCGAUCGAGCGGUAGACGUUAGUUGGGUACCAUUCGUUUACGAACAUACUUCGGUUGACAGCCCCCUCAGAGCCCUUACACUUGAUCAUUGCGCGUAUGGCUUACACAGUGAUAUGUUUCUCGAAGAUCCGGCAGCUUUUCCUCAUGAAAUGCUGCUUGAUCUUGCUCGUCUCAUGAGCUCAGGAAUCACCCCGACGACGAUUUAUGAGAAAGACGAAAAUGGUCGAGAUGAUGAGGAGAGGCCGAGAUAUAAGUACAAGCGGACGUGGGGAAGCUAUCAUGUUCCGGAAGGUGAGAACAGUUAGAUGGCAUGGAGGAACAAAAUCAUCCAGGAUGAAUGGACUCUUUAAAUAAUAUUUAAAGCUUAUAAAAAUUAAUUAAAAAAAUUAAUUUAAUAUUUAUUAAUGGUUGAGAGGGAAAUAUUUGUAGUGGCAUGAGUUGCUAUAAAGAGCGGUGUUCAAGGUUGUGAAUAUUUAUAUGGCUGGGGGUAAUCAUAGUAGCAUCAUGAAG